AUGUGCGGUGUAGAGCGCAAUUUUUUGUGCCUGGACCACAUUGCCUCAGUAGCUCAGUUGGGAGAGCGUCAGACUGAAGAUCUGAAGGUCCCUGGUCCGAUCCCGGGUCGCGGCACCUUUGCACAACCCUGCCGCUUCCUUCAUUCCUCCAUGUUGUUCCAACUUGUUAUGCUGUACCAGUAG